AUGCCGGAUCCAAGGCUCUCCCAGCCACAAUGCGUUACCCUCACUGACCUCCCAUACGAGCUCAUCGCCAUGAUUGCUGUCCAGGUGGACCACUACACCGCCCUCUCCCUCGCUCGAGUCGCUCCGCAGCUCACCCUCGGGGCGCAACAUGGCAUAUGGCGCUCACUCGAUCUGAGCGUCAGCCCGUACUAUGGCCAGCGCCCGUCUUACCGACCUCGGGCGGUGCCUAUGCUCACGAUGGCGCUACAUCUCGCUGAAGAGGCAAAAGGGCGUGAAGAUAUCCGUCGGGCGGCGCUGAAGCGGAAGGCGGAGGCGAUGGCCAGAGGGGUAGCAGCCGGGAGAGAGAGGAUGGUCCAGCGGAUCAAAGUGGUCUCGGGGACAGCCGGAUCGGAUGGAGCGCUGGAGCUACUUCGGCUCACCGCGGCGUAUCUCACCGCAUUGGAGAUCAUCGCCCCGUUCGAUCCGGAGGUGUAUUCGUGCGAAGACCCCAUCCAGGUCCGGAUGAUCCACCACCCCCUCGCCUUCCCCUCACUCCGGCACAUCCAACUCGGCAGAGGCGCGAUCAAGUCCAGCGUCAUCAUUAGCCUAGUAUGCGGUCUCGCCCCAUCUUUGGAGUCGCUGAGCGUCAGCAUCGAUUCAGCUCUGGCGCGGAGCUGGGAGCCGUCGACGUCAAGCAGUAAUCUCACGCCGAGGAUCAACAGGCAACUACGGCGGCUACAUAUCGAGAGCGUAGGCGCGAGUCAUCCCAAUGAGGCGGACCAAUCGGACGCCGUACGGUCCAUUCUCGACCUCCUCCGUCACUCUCCCUCCGUCCGGCAGCUAUAUACCAAUUACGCUGGACCCAGGCUGGCAGUGGACCGGCUCGUAGUCGCCAUAUCGGAUCUGGAGGAUCUACAAACUCUCCUCUGGGACGUCGAAGCGGACUUUGCGACCUACUAUCUUGCCAUACCGCCUGUUCCUGCUGUCAGCACUAGCGUGAGCUUUGCGAAGCUCCGCAGGCUACUGCUCCGGUCUUCAACGGGUGACCCUCUCAAGAUGGCUCACUUCCCCAAUCUCCCUGUCCUUGAAACCCUCUUCCUCGUUCCUAUACGUACGACUGAAGUCUACCUCCCCUGGCUCUUGCCGUACAGUCCUCGCGAGGAUGUACAGGCCCGGUCUCACCUGAUACCUCCACACAUCGCAGCCGGGACCAGAAGCAGUCCUCAACUGCGAUACAUCCACACCCUUCCCGAUUCUUCCCUCGCACCCGACCUCGAAGAAGAGGACGUCUUUGAUCGGCUUGACGGAGUCGAGAGGAAAGCGGAUAUGAAUGGCGUCAUCAGUUCGUUGUGGCACGGAUCGACCGAGCUAGUUCGGCUUCGUCUACUCCGCUCGGCGCAUCCGGCAUCGGCAGGCGCUGGCGGAGAGCUACCGGUCCAGAAGAAUAGGGAUGCGGAGACGGCGGCGGAGGCGGAGCUGGCCGAGACAGAUGAAGGGGAAACGGAGAUGAAUGAGGAGGCGGAGGAAGAAGAUGAGGGGGAGACGGAGAAAUGGCGGGAAUUGACGAACGUGGAUGAUAAGUGCAUCUCGCCGGCAGCGUUGCGGCGGAUGAGGCAGGCCGAGGGCGCUAGCGUAGAGGAGUGGGAUAAGAGAGGAGUGCAGGUCAGUCACGAGGCGUGGACGAGCGUCAUCCGGAUGGGCUAG